AUGGCAGGAGAUAAUAAUUCUCUUAUCAAGGAUCCUGUAUUUGAACGCUGGGCAGAUUACCGUACUAACCCAACACCAUAUUUUCGCUGGACAAAUAGAACAAUUAAAUUGUCACUAAUAUAUU